AUGAGUCAUGCUGCAAACCUGAUCAAAAUGCAACAACAAAUUCGAAACAAUGCGCAAGAAUACAGUGAUUUUGUUUCGGAUUUGAAAAAGUGGACCAAAGACAUUUCGGAGAAGGAUAAAAAGUUGCAAGAGGGAUCACAAAAAAAGAAAUAUCGGCCUGUGAGAGGCACUUCUGAACCCUCCAUUGAUCCCGACGAAGAAGCAGAAAAAUUAAAAGAAACUGGAAAUGAUUUUUUUUAA